AUGCGCUUCUCACUGCUGGCCUUUCCGGCUCUCGCUGCGGCUUGGAACUUGGAAAAGUUCACCAACCUUGUCGUGUUCGGGAACAGCUACACGGACGAGUCGCGAUGGGACUACUUUGCUAGUCACAAUGGCUCCGCGCCGCCAGUGGGCUGGGAUGAGCCAGUGAGCAAUGAUACCAAUUCGGGCGGCUUUUCUUGGCCUCGAUUUGCCGCCAACCAAACCGGGACGAAGCUAUCCGAUUACGCCGUAAGCGGUGCCGACUGUUCCAAGGAAAUCACUCCACGUAUAGAACCCUCAACUAAAAUUCCAUACCCGUCUGUACUGGAGUACGAAGUUCCGGCCUAUCUCGCGGAUAGCGCAUCCCAGAGACCUCCACCCGAGUCCACCGUAUACGCUAUCUGGAUCGGCACCAACGACAUCGGUUAUGAGGGUUUUUUGACGGACUCACAGAACACAAACUAUACUCUUGCGGCCUAUGUCAACUGCGUGUACAGAGCGCUCGAUGAUGUGUAUCGCUCAGGCGGGAAGUAUUUUGUGCUCAUGAACUUGGCACCCCUCCAUCUGGCGCCAUUGUAUGCAGUGCCGGAGAAGGGCGGGAUCACUGGCAAAGAGUCGUUGUAUUGGCCAUGGAAGUCGGGAAACAUUACGGAGAUUAGCCAUAGGAUGAGGGAACAGGUGAUUGCGUUGAACCAGGUCUUUGACUAUCGCACGCCGUAUGAACUGCUCAUUGCGAAGAGGUACCCCGGUGCAAGGUUCGCUGUGAUGGAUACGUAUAGUUUGAUAUCCGACAUCUACUACAACAACACGAAAUACCCGAAUAUCACCAACGUGACUGGCCACAACAACCACUGCGACCAGAAAACGAACAAGUGCACGCGUCUACCACAUCCAGAAACGUUCCUCUGGUUUGACGAGCUACACCCAUCAGAGCAGGCCGACAAGAUUAUUGCUGAACAAUUUAUCCAGGUGGUCAAGGGAGAAAGCAAAUGGGCAUCUUACUGGUAG